UUUCUCCUGGAUGAGAGAAUCAAUUGACGAUAAUGUUUCUUUCCUUAGAUUUUGUGGAGGUGAAUGUGAAGGGGAGUCAGAGAGAUGAGUUUCAGAGUCGCAAACUCUGUAUCCCCAAGCUGGAUUAAUAGCUUCUUUGAUUGGAACUUUGGUAGGGGAAAAGCCGAUGAGAAACCACAGCCCAAUUACCACCCUAUUGAUCCUCCCUUCCCACCUUCUCUGGUUGCUAAAACAUUCCUCAAGGGUAGGGAACUCAAAUGCUGUUACAAAGCCACACUUGACGGAUUCAGCGCAACUGCAUUUCACAACUGCUCUGAUUUCAAAGGACCCUGUGUUAUAAUCGGUUGGACAAACAACUCAUUCAAAUUUGGAGCAUUUAACCCAGAAGGAUACCGAAGCACCGACGAUUACUAUGAGACUUUUGAUGCCUUCCUCUUUUACUGGGAAAAACAUGAUCAAACAACUGAUGAACCCAUUGUUCUACCCAAAGUAGGGGGAAGUGGAGCUGCACUUUUCGAUUAUGCUCGAGGUGGGCCGCAGUUUGGGGCCGAUGGCCUGCUCAUUGGGCCGCCAUUGGCUCCAGUCAUGGGCGGGUUUGCUGGGCCGGAUACGAAUUCGGGGAUUGGUGAUCUGAGGCAAGCUAAGUCUAGAUUGGGACUCUCUUAUGCUAAAAGGUCUGAUGGGAAGGAGUCCUUGUUUGGGGAUGAGUUUAAGGCUGUUCUUGAAGAGGUGGAAGUGUUUUGUUGCCCUCAAAUUGCAAGCCUAUAUUAGCUUGGACAGUGUAUGAAAAUGUGUUGUGAAUUAUUUCAGUGGAAGAGAUUGUUAUCACACAAAA